AUGAGCUGGGGCGGCCAGAACAACAUGGGGUCGAAUGCAGGCAAUGGCCUAGGCAACAUGGGAGGCGACAUGUCGGGAGCGCAGGGCAAUGGAAACCAGCCACACGCGACCGAGUACACUCUCCAAGGUGUUAUGCGCUUCCUGCAGACAGAGUGGCAUCGCCAUGAACGCGAUCGUAACGCAUGGGAGAUUGAGAAGCAGGAAAUGAAAGGCCGGAUAGCUGCGCUGGAAGGAUCUGUACGACGAGCCGACGCCACGCAAAAGGCACUGAACAAAUAUGUCGCCAUUCUGCAGAAGAAAGUCAAGGAACAGGCGGCCCAGCUGAAGUCGUCUGCUCCAAAUGCCGAUCCGGCAGAGAACGCAGAGCAGCCAGAUCGGGCCGCAAGAGUUUUGGAGAAGCUUCAUGUCGAAAAAGAGACAGUGCCGGUCGAGGGCGUACCCUUUGUUCCAGCCUCCGAUGACGAAAACAGGCGAUCCGACCUGCGAACGUUUUUGGACCAGUGUCAAGCCGAAUUUGCCUACCUCAUGAUAACGCCCGCCAACCCACUGCCGCCACGAGAGUCCCCGCCGCUUCCUCCUACCGACGAGCUUCGGGAAGAGGACUAUAUCCCCAUGGGACAUCAGCAUCAGCAGUCUGAACAAUACGGCCAGCAGCAGAUGCGCUCUUCAAACUUACGACAAGGCCAGGGACUAGCUAGCCAUGUGCCGCAAGCGCCAGCACCUCCUUCCAUGUCUACAGGAUAUCCGCCCGGCAAGAAUGUCGAGCUGCAGCCAACGCCCAUGGUCAGGUCCAACGCCGAAACAGGUCCGUCAUUGUAUGCCACGGCGCCUCCUGAAUGGACACCUCAGACGCAGGUUUCACCAGCGCCGAAUCGGUCAGGCGAGGACUCUGCGGCCGGUGCUGAUCUGGCCAGGUCUGGCUUCGCGAAUAAUUCCGUGAUGCCGCCGAAUGAGACGACGGGGGACAAGCCAGAAGCACCCGAGACCGAUGCAUGGGAUUUCAAUGACGGGCCAUCAUCAUUCCCGGAGCCGGGCGCCCCGCAACAUGUUACUACUCGGCCCGAUACAGACCUCUUCCCUACCGCGGAUAACGCAUCAAAGUCGCCAAACCGACUUGCGGGCUCACAUCGCCGAAAGGGCAGCAUGUCCCGCAGGCGUAAUUCGGAUCAUCAUGACCUGUCGUUGAACUCGUCGUCUCAGAAGGUUGAGAGCGGCAGCUUCAAGUUGCGGUUUGGUCUUCGAGGCCACCUAGACACCGUGCGCUCAGUCAUUUUCUCAGGUGGAGGCAGCCCUGGGGAGCCAGAGAUUUGCACGGCCGGCGAUGACGGCCUGAUCAAGCGGUUCCACAUCCCUCGUACGGCCAACUAUAUCGGCACUAGUGCUGCAUCAGAUCUCGAUGUGCAGGCAGACUUCACACACCGCGGCCAUAACGGCGCGGUGCUGUGCCUAACGUCAUGGUCCCCUUCACCCAACUUCUCGACUGGAGGACGGGCACAGGGCGACGGCUGGAUCUUCUCGGGCGGCCAGGACAAUUUCAUCCGUGUGUGGGAGCGUGGUCGGGUGGAUCCAAAGGCAACGAUCGAUGGCCAUACCGAUGCGGUAUGGGCGCUCUGCGUCCUCCCAGCGACGCUGGGCUCUAUAUUCGGACAGUCUAACCCGUACGGAUCGCCGGACCGGAUCCUGCUUGCGUCCGGUGCAGCAGACGGAAGUGUUCGGGUCUGGGCCAUCAGUGCGCCACCACAGCUUACGUCGCCAGCCCAGCCGGCUCCUGCUGCAGGUCGUCGUGCUGGUGGUGGACGCGUCCGAGGAAACUCGAUGAGCUCCGGGUCUGCCUUCCCAAGCAGCCCACAGCCAACAACGGCCAGCAGUAGCCCGUUCGACCACACGUUGGUGCACACCAUUCUGCGGGCGAAUUCCAAGGCAAGCCCGACAUGCAUCACAGCAUUGAGCGACAACGGUGCCACAUUUGCUGUGAGCUAUUCCGAUGCGUCCAUCAUAGUGUACGACACGCGGCUGGGUGAGGAGAUUGGGUCAAUGGCCAGUCUCGAGACGUACAACGGAACAAUGGCAACGAGCGUCAACGCAGUAGUGGCCACAACCGUGGGUCUGGAGCAGCCGCAAAUAGGCGAGGAAGACAUCGCCGGUGCUGGUGGCCCGACUGGUGGCGGACGAGGCAUGGCUGGAUCGGGAGUGGAAGGCGUUAUCAUCUCGGGACACGAAGACCGAUUCAUCCGCUUCUUUGAUGCGAACAGCGGACAAUGCACGUACGAUAUGCUGGCACACCCGGCAGCUAUCUCGAGCCUGUCUCUCAGCCCGGACGGACGCGAGCUAGUGAGCGCUGGACACGACGCCUCGCUCCGAUUCUGGAGCCUAGAGAAGCGAACGUGCACACAGGAGAUCACGUCCCACCGGAUCAUGCGAGGCGAGGGCGUCUGUUCUGUGGUCUGGAGCCAUGACGCGCGAUGGGUGGUCAGCGGCGGAGGCGACGGGGUGGUCAAGAUAUUUGCCCGUUAG